AUGCAAGUAUUGCCGGAUCAGGAAUAUCUGGAAAGUGCCAUGCAAAUAGAGAAUAUAAAUUACGAACACAAACACACGGAGCCAUACGCACGAACUGGGCACGUCAGUUGCUACGUCGAUAACUACAUGUUCAUCUGGGGUGGCUACUCUGAAAAACAGAUUCUAAACUCAGACAACAAUAGAAUAACGAGGAUUUGUCAAUACAUGAACCCCUAUAAGUUUUGGAAGUACCUUCCAGACAUCAAAUUAUGGAAAAGCUGCAAUUUAAAGGGACAAAUCCUUGAAUCGUCUGGAUCUGGAGCAGUCUACGAUCCCAAAUUCCGAAAGUUAUACAUAAUCUUUGGCUGUGGGAGUACUAAAUAUAUAAAUAGCAUCUUUGAGAUCUCUGUCGAUAAAAAAUCAUGUCAAUUUGUUGAUCAGAAAAGAGUUGACAACCGGCUGCCGGCCGGUAGAGAUAAAUUCUCAUGCUGUUUAUAUGACAGAAAAAUUUACAUAUUUGGCGGACACGGUAGAGAUAUAACAGAACAAUUACAUAGUGCCAGAGUCGAUGAAUUUGUUCCUAAUUGGGUAGAUGAUGAAGAAACUCCGACUGGCUGGAAUAAUCAGCUGUUGGAGUUCAAUCUUACUGAUAAUUCAUGGAAAGGCAGCAAGCCAUCACCUAGGGCAGCCCAUUCGAUCGCACUGAUCGAGAAUACGAAACACGCGUAUCUGUUCGGUGGUCGGCUUCAGCUGAAUCGGUUAAAUGAUUUGUACCAUCUCGACCUUCACACUUUCAUCUGGACCAAAAUCGAUGUUGAGGGUAGCGUGCCGUGUGGAAGAUCGUGGCACACGUUGAAUGCCUUCACAAAUGUACCCAACCACUUUAAAAAUGGCAAUACUGACAACAACAAUGCUGAUGAUGACAUUUGGACGAUAAACAUCCCAGAGUACAGAGAUAGGCCUGUAAAAUGGUGCAAAAAAAAUGAAGGAUUACCGAGCGGAGGUCGACUCUGGCAUACGACUGUCGUUUCAGGAAAUGGAGAUGUACUCAUUUUUGGGGGAUGUAACAAUGAUAUCCACGAUGGACAGGACAUCCCUAAAUACAUAUCAAACCUGGUAUGCUUGAGGUUUUUCCCAGAUAAAUUGUACAGACUUGCACUGAGGCACAUUUUGAAAGAUAAAAAAAUUCAUAAGAAGUCUAUUCACGAAUUGCCAAAGACGUCAAGCAGUUACAUCCAGAAAAUUUGGAAAACGGAAAAAAUAAUCAAAAUGCAAAAAGAAUCAGUGAUAUCAAAGAUCACAAAUGUUAUUAACAGAGAAUUCGACAGGGAGAUAAAAAACAAAGAACUAGAGAUUGAAAAAGUCGAAGAUAAUAUAAAUAGUGCAAUAGGCUUACUGGACAGAUUGAGAAUGGCCAUGGUAUUGCAACAUUAUGGAAAGAUUGACGAGACAGACGUCUCUGAUCCAGUAAAUGUUGAUGAUUCAUCGUCGUCGACGACGACCAACACCAUACAUCCGACCGUUAAGAAGUUUCUCGGUAAAACAUUACUGCCAAACCACAGCACUAAUAACUAUAAUGACAACCAAAAUAGCUAUGAGGAUGAUCAUUAUAGUAGCAACAACAUCAACAACAACAACAACGUCAUCGGCACCAUCAACAGCUUCAACGUUAACAAGAGCAGUUACACCAGCAACACAGCAGUAUUUCAUAAUAGACGACGAAGGGGAGAUUUAUUUUCAGUUUAUAAGAGACUUAUCAUUGGAAAUGUUUCAAGAUAUUUACUGGCAAAGAGCAAGCAGCAGCAGCAGCAGAGAAGAUCGAAUGCCACAUCACCAACAGCCCCAUCAUCGGAGGCAUCCAACAACACAACAUCACCAACACACCAAUGGAUGGUCUAUGUAAGGAGUUGUUCUGACGAUUCGACAUUCGUGGAAGACUGUGUGGAUAAUGUCGUUUUCAAGCUACACUCCAGUUAUAAACCACAUGACCUCGUUAAAAUUACAAAUCCUCCAUUUCGAUUGGUCAGGAAGGGUUGGGGCGAGUUCCCAGUGCGAGUUGAGGUGCAUUUCAAACCGCCAUUUGACAGGACUGCUCUUAAUUUUGUGCAUCAAUUGAAGCUAGAUAGUACAUUCACUGGUCUGCAGAUUCCUGGCCUUGAAACAGUUAUAGAUGUGGAACUGAAAAAUAUGCCCAUGGUGAAACUACUUUCCGCUGAUGGUGGUGAUGAUUGUGAUGUUGAUGACGAUGAUGAUGAUGCUGGUGAUGCUGAUGGUGGUGAUGAUGUUGACAUGGAGAAGGAAGAGAUGACGUCAACAGCCCCAGUGGCAACCGCAGUGACGACAACCACCAGAAUGACGCUAACAACCACAUCAUCUUCAACGCCAACAUUAACAUUGCACUCGCCUCCAUCUCCACCGCCACCAUCUACAACAGCCACAUUACUACGAAUAACAUCAACAAUAUUAAAACCAUCGAUACCCAUUACAACAACAACAACAUCAAUAACAACAACAUCAAUAACAACAACAACAACAACAACAUCAUCGUCGUCAUCAUUGAUCAUUACAUCAACUUCAUUAACAUCGACGCACCAAAUUUUACAUAACAACAACAACAACAUCAACAACAACAUCAACAACAACAACAUCAACAACAUCAACAACAACAACAUCAACAACAACAUCAACAAUAACAUCAACAACAACAACAUCAACAACAUCAACAACAACAACAUCAACAACAACAUCAACAAUAACAUCAACAACAACAACAUCAACAACAUCAACAACAACAACAUCAACAACAACAACAUCAACAACAAAAAUAUCAUAACAAAAUCAGUGCCAUAUACGACGAAAUCAAUAGUAAUAUUAAGCAAUCUGAAGCACGGCAUAACAGCUCCACCUAAGAUUAAAAUUCCAAACUCAAAUACCUUUACAAAUUUUACGUCAUCAUCAGUGACGUCAUCAUCGUCGUUAUUAUCAUUAGCGAAAUCGCCAUCCCUAACUUCUUUAUAUAAAGAACAACAGCAACAUCGCCAGCAGACGCAACAACUUCAACAACAUUCAAUCAGACUACAGCAAUGCCAACCAAUCAAAAUUUGUAACAACCACAACAACAACAACAUCAACAAAAUGAUCAACAUCAACAACAACAACGUCAACAAAAUGAUCAACAUCAACAACAACAACGUCAACAAAAUGAUCAACAUUAACGUCAAUAACAACAUCAACAAAAUUAUCAACAUCAACAACAACAAAAUGAUCAACAACAAUAACAUGAGCAACAACAUUAUUAAUAUCAACAACAUCAACAACAACACCAACAAACCUUUAAUCUCUAUGAACCCAAAAUCGAGACCAAUAAAAAUGACCAGUAUUUUAAAAUGUAGCCAGCAGUCGGCGGACUCGAAAAUGUCAGUUGACCAAUUGCUGAUGAGUAUUGUGCUCAGGUGUCCAAUCAUAACUGCUGAUUGUGAUAAAUAUCCAUACCUUAGUACAAGUUGCCUUAAAAAGUAUCUAAGCUGGUCUGUUGGCAAAAGGCGGGCUUAUGAGCUAUGCAGGGCUUCGGUCGUUAAGAACUGUUUGCUCUUUGUCCUUCAGAAGCGUCGCCACAACAACAACAACAACAACGACGUCACUACAAAUAACAAUGAUAAUGAAUUUAUUUCAAAAUAUAGCAACUGGUUCGUCGCCAAGUGGUGUCGAAUGUACGGCCAUACUCCUAUCGAUAAUGACGAUGAUGGCGAGGAGGACAACAACAACAACAACAAUAAAAUGACAUCACCGUUAAAGGAAAAGAUUUCAUUGGUCCGAGAAAUUAUGCCAUUAUCUUUAGAAGCUUCUUACGUUCAGCAGUGCAUGUCUCAAAUCUGUCUGCGUUUGAAGCCGGUGGCUGUGGACGAAAACAUCAACCCGAGAUUCUAUGCCAAUGUCGUUGAGGAAGUUUUAGCUGGGGCCUUAAAGAUGUUUCUAGUUGACCUACUCAGCCAAUCACACGCCAGCAAAUUCGCAAAUUUAACCAAUGAAAACGGAGAUGAUGACGACAACAACAACGACAACAACAACAACAACAAUAAUAAUGAUGAUGAUGAUGAUGCGAGAAUUUUGAAAAUUCGCCCUGCCAAUGUCUACAAAUCAUCCAUGUACAAGGAUGAUAAAAAAAAUGAUAUAAAAUUUGAUAUAAAAAUUCCUAUCACGGUAUAUCUUGUGCGAUGA